AUGUCAGAGGCCACAUUCCGCUCUUCAGCAGGUGAACGAGCAGCCACGCCCCUGCGCCCAUCAACACCGCACAAUGUGUCCAGGUCCUCUCCUCCGAACCAGGAAUAUUGCGGUCAAUCGGAGGAUCGAAUCCUUCAUCAUACUGCGCAGUGCGACACGGUCUGCUUCGAGAGAGUGCGAUCGCAGUUGCCAGCAGGAGCGCUUCAGCUUGAUCAGACGAAGACUAUGAGAGCACGCAUGAUGAGGGGUGUGAUAACAGGUCCGGCACGGUGGCGCGGCGCUAAUGCCUCUUGCGGGACGCCCAAUCUCUAUUGUGCAGUUUACAAGUACAGCUUUACUCAGUGUGUCGUGCAUUCAUCUGCCUCUUCUGCACAGUCUAGCAGUCGGUCACCAGAGUCCGGCUACCUUCCUUUGCCGCCGCCAAAGCUUGUGUCAAGCACUUGGGGGCAAGGGCCACUAGUGAUUGACGGUGUCCCUGUUCUUGAACGGCACGCAAAUACACUAGGUGAAUAUGCUGAAAAGGGGAGCCCAUGCGGAGAUGAACUUCAAUCUAUUUUUGUCUUGACAGUGGGAGUUUUCCGCAGUCGUAUAACAUCAAUUAGCUCUACUCCUCUAAUCUCUGAGGGCGGAAAUCACAGGAAAAAUGGUUCAAUACCGCUGCCACGCCCCGAGGAUUUGCUUGGUGUUCUCCACAUCCCUCUCCAUUGCGUAAAUAUCGCAGAGAAGCAACAGGAAAUCAAGCUCAGGCUUCCAGUUACGCAUCUCUCUCCUAAACCCAGGAAUCACGCUGGUCCAGCCAUCCAAAUCGAAGCGGAAGGGGAGCAAGGGCUUGCCGCAUUGCUCAGUCCUGUGACCUCCUUGGAGAAGUUAGAGAAGCUCUUCCUUGACUCACUCAGUGCCAGUGCUACCGGUGCCAAUCGGUGUAACGUAAUGCUGUUUCGUCUAAGCGGCAACAGCGGGCCCUUCUUAUGGACGUCUGAUGCAAUGCUUCAAGCGGCCUUAACUGCUCCAUCCCAACCUUCUGUAGCUUCAACAACCCUACAACGAUCCGUAAGCCCCUGUGAGCUCCACGAUGAUGAAACAAGCAGGCUAACAUACCAGGGGCACAAUGGGCUACAAAUUCAACAUGAUGUUGGGACAGCAGAGGUUACGCAGGCAGCGCGCGCUUCCAGUUCCACUUCGAGACUACAGGCCGGCGCAUACGCUGAGGGGAUUCGCUGCCGCGGUGCAUCGGCUGGCCAUGAGAGCGCAACUGCCCCUGCACACUGGUCUCAAAGGGAAGACACUGAGCAGCUACUGUCCCCACGGAGCAGGCAACCAAGCACAGCUGGACCAAGUGGCAGCGUUGCCUCAAACAAUGUGGCAACGGACCAACAGCGGCAGCGUCACCAACGACGGCAGCAAGAACUCUCAGUAGCUGCAGUUUUAGCUGCAUCGGCGAUCGCAGCUGCUGCACGGGGAGAAAGGGAUCGGAGUUCGCGCAGUUCUACUUCUAAGAAAGCGCAGCAAUCCCAACGACUUGUUUCGGGAUUAGGUCUGAGAAGCAGCCAAAGGCCUUCGAGUGUAUGUGGCGUGGUAGCAUCGAGCAGAACACUUAUGGAAAAGGGGAGCAACGACAGCUUAAUUGUGCACCCACAUAGCCUGGGUCAUGAACGCACCCGAAUUCUUCACGAGCGCCGGACGCCUGCUACCUGCAAAACAAAAGCAGGUCGAGCAACAGAGUUAGGUGGUGAGCCAGAAUUGUCUCCUGAUGACAGUGUUUCGGUUCGUGGAGACGAGACCCAUCGCCUUGCAGCUACUCUUGCCAACCGGAGUGCGCAGUCUGCCCACUCUGUAGCCUCCUGCAUGCCGGUGGAAGGGCUGGUUCCAUCGGAGUGCUCGGUUCGCCUCACUUCGCAGUCAGAUGACCGCAAGAGCACCUUAACCACGAGUAUCCGGAGGCUCGACUGCUUAAUGACCCGUGCGCAGCUACUUCUCAGCCAGAGGCGGCACCGCCAGUUACAGCAAGGGGAACACAAACAAACUUCUACACAGGAGUCCGUGCAUGACGGGCUGGCAGGACCGCAAGCACUCACAUCGACUCUUCAGGCAACUCCCACUAAUUCAUUGAAAAUCCAAAAUAGCGUUAGCGAAGGUGCAGACGCACUGGGUACUGGACGAAGAGGAAGCACUCAGGAAGUUCUAACACAAGAUCGAGGGGAACUGAAAUUGAAGAGUCCUGGAAACCGUUCGUCGGAGUCAACUAGACUUAAAGGAUUCUCUCCAGACGGAGCCACUCAGCAAGGACCACCUCCAUGUUUUAUGCGUGACCUUUCUUCUACAGCAAAGGUUGUUAAGUGGCUAAACGCCCAAAAUGUCCGCCAAAAAGGCAUUCUGACAAAGAAAGCUCAUGCAGGAGAACGCCAGUGCAGGAGUGGACACAACAGAAAACGGGAGUCAACUCACAUGGAGGACGUCAGCCAGCAAGGGGGUGGCAAUCGAGGCCGUGAAAGUGAACAGCAAGUUCAAGAGUUAAUACAACUUGUCGAAGGGCUGCAGAAGCAAGUACAGGCAAGGGAUGAUUGGUGCAAACACCUUGAGAAGCGUUCCUCUGAAGAGCAACAGAAGCACACGCAGGAGAUGAGUGCUCUCCGUCGGCAAAUAAUAGCGUUGCAGGAAGAGCUGAAACAAAAAGGGCCCAAAGAUGCUGAUCCUCCCGCAUCUAAAGGGGGAGACAAAGACAGGCAACGGGUGCAGCAAGAGCUGGACGUUAUUUCCCAGGAGCGUCGUCAGCUACAGUUGCUUGCUGCAGAGCAUGCUAAAGCCACGGCAUGCGCUGAAGAGGAGAAAAUGCGACUACAAAACGAGCUGGCUGCCAAUCAAGAAAGGACGAGGGAUCUUGAGCAUCAGUUGUUACUCGUGGACCAGCAACUAGUUGGGAUACUCAAUCAGGCCACGGCGCACGGCGAAACGUCCGCUGGGUUAACUCAUUCAGAGCCCAGCCCACCACUCGGCACUUGGGCGUUGAAAAAGCUGCAGGGGAUGAGGGAAACGCUUAGAGGAAUUGACGGGAAAGAGCCACUGGGACGGACGGCACAAGCGCGACGCCAGCCUCCUUCGGAAGCUGCAACAUUUGCGCCUCUGCAGAAGUUAUCACAAGACUCGCCGAGGCAUGCUGAAAACGUUAGAGGCCAGGUCCCAAGCCUUACGGAGCAGCAGCAGUGUUUGCAAGUGUUACGCCAACAGCGUCCCUCGACUCCGCAGUACCACCACCCAAUACAUACGUCCCACGAAGCACAAAUGAGUCCACCAAUGAGCCAGCUUCCGGAACCCGAUGUGCAAAAGAAUCAGCCGCCGCAGCAGCAAAGGGGCCCCUGGUCAAAUGAGCGGCGUGAACCCUCUCCCACGGGCUAUCAAUGUAUGGGGCAACAAUCAGUGGAGCAGACGCACGCGGAUGUGCAGCCGGAAGUAAGCAAUCGCGGGAAUCUGACAACCACAGCGGAGGUUCAGCACCAACAUCUUCAUAUGCGUCAAGGGGCGCAAGUUCUCCCAAGGAAUCAACAACUAACGGAGCAUCUGAACCGGCAGCGCAACCAGAGGCAGCACCUGCUGCAACAGCGUGCCCACCCGCUGCAGCAGACGCUAUACAAUCAAAUGAGUCCACACCUGCAAGCUUCUUUCUCUUCAAACUUCAGGGAUCCACAGGUAGCUGUCCAGAACUAUGCAGUGUGCUCCUUUCCAUUGCAUCUGAGACAAGGAACAAAUGCAGGGCCCGCGACGGACCACCACAUUCGUGGCGUUUCUCCCCAGUGCAACGGACGCGUGACGCCCUCCAGGGCGAAUGCGCGCUGUUUAGGGUUGAAUGUGGCCUAG